AUGGAAGGGCCUGUGGCUGAUGCACUGCUGAAGCUUCUUCGGUACUUCCACAACCCGGAGCUCGUCGGUUCUCUUCUUCUCCUAUACGUCGUUCAUGUCGUUGGGUUCACGGUCAACAUCCCGCACCUGUUCCUGAACGGGCUAAAGUUUAUCGUUGCCCCCACGCAGGAGGCGGUACUCCGAAUCAGGUCCGACGCGAAGGGACCGCGGCCCGAACCGCUCGGGCAGCUGGAUAGGGAGGGGAAGGACGCCAAUGCGUACGACAAGAUGGAUGCCCUUGGUCUCGCAAGGAUGGAGGUUUCGCGUGGGACGCUGGGGGGCUUGAUGUACUUCCCACAAUACGAGGGGAUGGUGCUGUGGGCCGUCAUCGCUCUCGGCAACUUCUUCAUCGCUCAAGGGAGCCGCUGCGCUAUUCCCACGCAAACAAAAUGUGAGCACCGAGGUUCGGCCAAAAAAGAAAAGUCCCCAAGGAGUGGCGCGUUCUGUACCGCAAACCUCGUUCACUCCUUGCCUUCGGCGUUCUUCGACGCCCUUCGGUGUCCUCCGACAUCCUCCUUUGGAGUUCCGAUAGCCCACCUAGACUCGUGUCUUCUUCUCCUCCCGCAAACCCCGUUCACUCCUUCCUUCUCUUUGGCGCUCUUCGACGUCCUCCUCCUUCUUUGGCGUGACCCUUCGGGUGGGGGCAGACCCCUGGGCUGGGCUAGCCUGACGCUCUGCGGCGCGCUCCUCCGCUGCUGGUGGUGCAAUGUCCGCCUCAUCUACCUCCUCGGCCUCAACAACGACUACUCCAAAUUCGCCCUCCUCUCCGGAUUCUGCGGCCUUUUCGCCGCCGCCGCCGUCGCCGCCAUGCUACCACCCUCCUUCCUGGCGUUUGACGUUCGGGCGGCCGCAGCCGCGCUGCACGCCUGGGGGGGAGCGGUGCGGGGGGGGAGUGAUGCCGCGGUGCCCCCCGGUGGGGUGUCGGCCGUGGUUAGCCGGGAAGACUUCUUAGCGAUGUUUCUGCCGACGGUGGCGGUAGUGGCGGCCUGCGUGACGGCGGCGGCGGCGCUGCCUGCCAUUCGCUUCUCGCAGUACUUCUCCCGCGCUCUCGGAAGGGGCAGCGGAGCGACACUCGUUUACCGCGCGCUACUCGUAGUCGAUGGCGUUCUGCCGUGGCUAGCCUCCCUGGUGUGGAUCAGUGAGGUUCCGCCGCUUGUCCUCGGCGAGCGUUGGGGGGGGGGCGACGCCGGCAGGGCAUUGGCCUUGAGGGUGGGGGUUACCGGGCUAGCUGCUUGGGCCAGGCUCGCCGUGGGGAAGCUCCAGCUCCAGGCGUACCUUGAAGGGGUCAAGGAGUCCGUGCUGGUAGACCUCCGGGAAAAGAAGGUCGACUCGCAAUCCGUGCGGUCCAAGUUCGACGCCCGCUUGCAGUACCUCGUCAUCGCAGCCGCGCAGUACGCCGCGCCUGCUCUCACCGUCCUCUUCUCGCUGGCCCUGCUGGUACACGUCGGCGAUGCCGCCACGGGCGGCGACCUCGCGUCAGGUACAGGCGGGCGGGCAGGGCUUGGAGUCUGCGACGCCGCUCGACGUGUGGUGGGCCUAGAGUCCUGGGGUACCGCCUUCGCUGCCGCGGCGGGAGCCGCGGAGGCGCCGAAUAGCGGCGCCGCCGUCGGCGGCGGGGCGGCGUUAGGGUUAGGGGGGGGAGGGCUGGCGGCCUUCAUCUCAACAAUUCCGGAGUUCCCCGAGGCGUUCUGGUCCGGGGUGACCGGGUUCUUGGCGUGGUGGGCCUGUCUCUCGUGGGCGGUGACGUACGCGGUUGGGGUGGCGUUCUGGUUUGUUUUUCCGGAGGACGUCUCGGUGACGGAGAGGGUCCCGACAGAUAGGACCACCAAGGGCAAGAAGGAGAGGGUCAAGGGGAAGGCCAAGGCUAAGGGCGGUGGCAAGGGAGCCGGUGCCGGGGGGAAGGGCUAG